AUGGGCAAGAAGUUACGGUCACAAUUAAAUGGUGGCGGACAAGGCCAAGGGGGAUUUGGUCCCUUUAUGAGUCUUUUGAUGGAUGAACGCGUGGGGACGGCAACCAGUAGGCAACAGAACAAUGUGGGAAGGGUGAUAAAGAGAGGAAAGAGCAUCGCCAUGACAGAAGCGGCCUGUAACCAUCUCCUGGACCACAUCCUCCUCUUUACCUCAGGCUAG